AUGACUCCACGUGUCGAAUUCUUAUUGGCUCCCAAUCUGAACUAUUUCUUCUAUUUUUCCCGUAUUGUAUUGUUCUUCAUCGCCAAAUCCUUUCUUCGAAAAUGGCUUCCUUUGACGACUGUUGCUGGCCGGAUUUGGAAGAUUUCAGCGGUCUGUUGGACGACGUUGUCGCCUCCGCCGCCGCGCCGGAGGAUCUGUAUUGGACCUAUCAGCUGCAGCAAAAUCCCUACGCAGGAAUUGAUGCUUCAUUUAGUGUUACUACAUCGCAAGGAAGUGAUAAUUUCGCAGAAAAGGAAUGUUCCAGAAAGAGAGAUCGAGGCGAUCUGUACGGUGGAAUUGGAGCAAAAGCAUUUCGUGAGCGAGUGAGGAGAGAAAAAUUGAACGACAGAUUUUCCAAAUUAUGCGCUGUUUUGGAACCCGGAAGGCCUGUGAAAACUGAUAAAAUAGCCAUACUAAACGAUACCAUCAGAAUUCUAAAGCAGCUCAAAACCGAAUCCCGCGAAUACAAAGAGAUGAACGAAAGGCUUCUCGAAGAAAUGCAAAAUUUGAAGGCGGAGAAGAAUGAACUUCGACAGGAGAAACUUAUGCUUCAGGCCGAUAAAGAAUGGAUAGAGCAGCAGCUGAAAACAAUGAAAAUACCUUCGACAGGAUUCGUGCCAGCUCCUCCGCAGAUUUAUUUACCGGAGGUAAACAAGCUUCCCGUCUUUCCUAGCUAUGGCUUAGUCCCGAUGUGGCAGUACAUUCCCCCGUCUGUCCGCGAUACUUCUCAUGAUCAUAUGCUUAGACCCCCUGCUGCUUGAUAUGUGCAUAGAUUUACUGCUUUUAGACAAGAUGAAAAUAUGAAAUUCGGGAAAUGUUAGAGAUACCAUACGUAAUAAAUCAUACCAUGUUCGAUAUCUUUUACAAAAAUGCGCAACUGCUUUUGUUGUCCGAACUCUGUACUAUGAUUACAUCUUCGUAUUAAAGUUAUGUACAUACAAGCUUGCAUUCGUAGCUGUUACAUUUUGUAAAAUUUUAGAGUUGCAUAUUAUUAAUAAUAAAAUUAUGGCCGUAGAUCCUGUGCUGAUUCGGCCAAAUGAGUGCUGAUUUGACGGAA